CUGCUUGCUGAGAAAACAGAAAAAUUACGGUUUGUUUCUUGUUGCUUUUAAUGAUGGCAUCUGCUGAUCUGAAAGACGAGCUGACCUGCUCCAUCUGUCUGAACAUUUAUACAAAUCCUGAAACCCUGCCAUGUGGACAUAGUUUUUGCCGGCUUUGCAUUGAGAAUGUGCUGGACACACAGGUUGUGAGAGGAUAUUCCUGUCCUGAAUGCAGACAAUUAUUUAAGACAAGACCAGACCUGCAAAGAGCUAUAAAACUGGCUAACAUAGUGGAGAAUUUCCUAUUUACUCACCCAGAGCAGGGGGAGGUUGGGAUCCCCUGUACUUACUGCGUUCAGUCUCCAGUACCUGCUGCUAAAACAUGUCUGCUGUGUGAAGCUUCUCUGUGUGAAACCCACCUGAGGGUCCACAGCAAGUCAGCAGAACAUGUCCUAACUGAACCCACCACUUCAAUGGGGAACAGGAAAUGCUCCGUCCACAAGAAGGUCCUGGAAUAUUUCUGUUCUGAGGAUUCCACCUGUAUCUGUGUGUCCUGCAGCCUUGUCGGAGAGCACAGGGGGCACCAGAUGGACACUCUGAAUGAGGCCUCUGAGAAGAAGAAGCAGCAACUGAGAAAUACUCUGAAGAAACUGACCUCAAAGAGAGAGGAAGCUGAAAGAAGAAUCGAGAGCCUACAGGAGCUCAAGAAAGAGGUGAAAGAAAAAGCAGCUGGGGUAACAGAGGAAGUCACUGCCCUGAUUAGGGACAUCAGGGAACAGCUGGAAGUCCUAGAGAAGCAAGUCCUGAGUGAGAUCUCCAGACAGGAAGAGCAGGCCUCACUAAAAGUCUCAGAUCUAAUCCGGCAGCUUGAAAUAAAGAAGGAGGAGCUGUCCAGAAAGAUGGGUCACAUUGAGGAGUGGUGUAGCAUGACAGACCCUUUAACUGUCUUACAAGGACAGGAAUCAGACAAUGCUGACAAUUGUGAUGCUGAAGAGGGAGAUAAUGAGGACAGAGAUGGUAAAAAGGUCUGUGCUGUAGGGGAUCUGGACGUGUGUCUGAUCUCAGUGACCUUACACUCAGGCUUAGCUAGGAUUGUGACCGGAGUAAAGAGACAGCGCCAUGUAUCAGCUAAUAUGUUACUGGGGGUAGAAUUAGCUUCAGACAUGUUACUGGAUGUAAACACGGCUUCAGACAUGUUAUUGGAUGUAAACACAGCUGGUAAUAAUGUAACUGUAUCAGGUCAUAUGAAAACCAUAUCUUGGUCAAUAAUAAACCAGAGUGGCCCAGAAAUACCAGAGAGAUUUCAGUAUAAACAGACUUUAAGCUCCAGGAGUUUCUCCUCAGGGCGACAUUACUGGGAAGUGGAGGACAGUAAGUCAGGGUGGUGGAGGUUAGGGAUGGCCUAUCAAAGUAUAGCCAAAAAAGAAGGUCAGUCAUGGAUUGGAUAUAAUAAUAAAUCCUGGGGUUUCGGGAGGUGGUGGUAUAAUAGACAGUAUGAAGUGAGACAUGACAGUAAAGUAAUCGAGCUACCUCACCACCCUUCCAGCCAGAGAAUAGGGAUAUACCUGGACUAUGAGGCUGGGCGGCUGUCCUUUUAUGAGCUGUGUGAUCCAAUCAGACACAUACACACCUUCACUGAUAACUUCACUGAGCCGCUUCAUGCUAUAUACUGGGUAUGUGGGAAUAAUGCCUCCUCUGAGAAUUUAAUGUAAUAAAUGAUUUAUUAACCCCUUAAGGAUGGAGGCAAUUGUACACGGUUUGGAAAGUUAUAGGGUCAAAUAUAGGGCUUUCCUCAAAUAACUUUUUAAACAUUUAAAUUUGCCAGAUUGGUUUGCUGGGCCUAUGUUGCAUUUGAGACUGUAUGGCAUCCUAGGAAUGAAAACUAACCCCAUCAUAGCAUACCAUUUGCAAAAGUAGACAACCCAGGGUAUUCAAAAUUGGGUAUGUCCAGUCUUUUUUAGUCGCAACUUAGUCCUGGCCAAAGUUAGUGUUCAUAUUAGUUUAUCGCAAAAUCUGCCUUUUCAUUAUAAGUUUUACUGUUCUAAAACACUCAUAUUUGUGUUCAGUGAUGCCUCACGAGUACAGAAGUACC